UUACAAGUUAAGAAGGGGUGGUGCAAGAUCUGGACACAUAAAAGGCUCAGCAGAGGUCCCCCAAACACUGCUCUCUUGCUGAGGAAGACAAGCUAAAGAUGAGCGCUCUGGCAGCAGCAAUUACUGCCCUCCUGCUCUGGGGACAGGUUUUUGCUGUGGACUUGGGCAACGAUGCCACAGACAUUGCAGAUGACAGCUGCCCAAAGCCCCCUGAGAUUGCAAAUGGUUACGUGGAGCACUCUGUUCGCUAUCGGUGUCAGACAUACUACAGACUGCGCAGUGGAGGAGAUGGUGUGUAUACCUUGAACAGUGAGAAGCAGUGGGUGAAUGAGGCCGUUGGAGGGAAACUUCCUGAAUGUGAAGCAGAAUGUGGCAAGCCCAGGUACCCCGUGGACCAGGUGCAACGCAUCAUCGGUGGCUCUCUGGAUGCCAAAGGCAGCUUUCCCUGGCAGGCAAAGAUGGUCUCCCGCCACAGUCUCACCACAGGAGCCACAUUGAUCAACGAACAAUGGCUGCUGACCACAGCCAAAAACCUCUUCCUGAAUCAUACUGAGAAUGCCACUGCAGAUGACAUUGCUCCAACCUUGAGACUCUACUUAGGGAGAAAUCAGCAGGUGGAGAUCGAGAAAGUCAUUUUCCACCCAAACCACUCCAUGGUGGACAUCGGACUCAUCAAACUGAAGGAGAAGGUGCCCAUCAACGAGCGGGUGAUGCCCAUCUGUCUGCCUUCCAAAGACUAUGUGCAAGAGGGACGCUUAGGUUAUGUCUCUGGCUGGGGGCGAAAUGUCAACUUUAGGUUUACCGAGCGUCUUAAAUAUGUCAUGCUGCCUGUGGCUGACCAACAGAAAUGUGUGAUGCACUAUGAGGGCAGCACAGAGCCCGAAAAGAAGACUCCCAAGAGCCCCGUGGGUGUGCAGCCCAUCCUGAAUGAACACACCUUCUGUGCCGGCUUGUCCAAGUACCAGGAAGACACCUGCUAUGGUGAUGCGGGCAGCGCCUUCGCUGUUCGUGACCUUGAAGAGGACAGAUGGUAUGGGGUAGGGAUCUUGAGCUUUGACAAGAGCUGCACAGUAGCAGAGUACGGUGUAUAUGUGAAUGUGCGCGAAAUCCUGGGCUGGAUUCAGGACACUAUAGCCAACAACUAAGAUGAUGUUGGCUGGCAGUCGGCCCCUGCAGGGCAGGCUAGGUUUUGCCAGGCAGCAAGAUUUUCCCCUGGGAGGAAAGUGGAAGUGAUGAGAUGUGGUGGGGAGUGAUGGCAUCAGCCUUGUCCUGCUGAAUCAACCAAUAAAGAGCUUGCUUCUCUGUGCUG